CUUUCUCUCUCUCUCUCUCUCUCUCAGAAGUCAGAAAGAAAUAAAAAAAUUAAAAAAAAAAAAAAAAACUGAAUAAAAUUCCUGAAAUCUGCUUUCAGAGAGUUGAGAGGCAACGAAUCCGAGCCCCAGGUGGUUUGAUUUCUUUCGAAUUUUUCGAAAUCCGACUUUGGGGUCUGUUUUGAUUUGUCUCCUUGCAGCAGAGACAUCUCGCAUCUGCUCCUUUCCGUUUUCGUACAAGUCCCAUCCAAUUUCCCAACCCUCCAUUUUGACCCAUCAUUUCAACGCUCCAAACGCACCGUUUUCCCAUUCCGGAGCACCACCACCCCCCUCUGCAAGCCGAAUCGAUCUUUUUUUCUUCGUUUUUUUCCCCGAAUACAAAGCUCUCCUCUUUUCUUUUCUUUUUCUCUCUCUCUCUCUCUCUCUCUCUGCGUGCGCCCGAGCGCGCGUGUUUCUCCAAUUCAUUUAAUUUUUGUUUUUAAUUUACUUAAUAAUGAGUGAGCAAAGUAAAAUUGGGUCAUGGUAAAUAUCGGAGUUUCCUCGUUUGCUUCUUCUUCGACUCUCGGUUUCAGGGUAUUGCAAGGUGUAGUGAAGUUGGAACAUGUAUCAUGCUAAGAAAUUUUCGAUGACGAGCUUAGUGCCGCACAAAGGUCAAGGUGGUGAGCCGCUCGCGAUGACUGCUGGGGUUUCGGGGGGAUCUUCUGCAGUCAGAAAUUCGACGCUUGCUGCUUCUGGGGGAACUGGGAAGCAACGUUUGCGCUGGACUUCCGACCUUCAUGACCGUUUUGUGGAUGCCAUCACGCAACUUGGCGGACCAGAUAGGGCAACACCAAAAGGUGUUCUAAGAGUGAUGGGUGUACCUGGACUCACCAUUUAUCAUGUGAAAAGCCAUUUACAGAAGUAUCGCCUUGCAAAGUACCUUCCGGAAUCUCCUGGUGAUGGCAAAGGUUCUAAAGAUGAGAAGAAAAGUUCUGGAGACAGCUUUUCUGGCACAGAUUCUUCCCCGGGAAUGCAAAUUAAUGAGGCACUGAGGAUGCAAAUGGAGGUUCAGAAGCGUCUUCAUGAACAGCUUGAGGUUCAAAGACAGUUACAAAUGAGAAUAGAAGCUCAGGGUAAAUAUUUGCAAAAGAUAAUCGAGGAGCAGCAGAAACUAGGUGGUGCACUGAAAGCUUCUGAGACCUUGCCAUUGGAUGAGGAGGAUAAGCAAAAGCCAUCUGAGUCAGAACCACCUGGUGAUGCUUCUGCAGGUCCCUCUUCUCCCCGAAAGAAACAAAAGGUGGAUGAUGUAUUAACGGAUGGCUUCGCCGCCUCCUCGGUGCCCACAAAAAGUGACCAAAAGAAUGAUUUUGUUGGUCAGUGGGAUCGGGACUUUUACGGAAGCGAUGCUGGGUUUGGAUUAGACUUGGGAACUGAGUUCAAGGAGGGAGAUGGUGUAGCGCAGAGAGCAGCUCUGGAACUAGGCCCCUUGUGUGGUUCAAAAUAGUAUUCCCCAUUGUUAAUGUGCUCUUUUGUAAUGUUUGUAGCAGAAGAUAUAAACCAUGCUGUGUAAGUCUAUACAUGCAGUCCAUUUGUAGAUAUAAUUAAAUACAAAAUCUCUAGUUAUUCUCUUCUUGGGUCAA